UCGUCGCUCUUCUCUCUACGUCGUCUGCCGGUUUCUCGUUUCCUUCGUCGUUUCGCUCGCCCGUCGGUCUGCGCCGGGGCUCUACGGACGCGGAAAUUGCACGGUCUCGGACUUACGUAACGUUUCAAAUCGCGACAGGCUUUAGUAAGCGAGCGAGCGAGCGACUCGAAGUGGAGCAGAGAGUUUCUCUCUUCCCUUCCGCGGGGGAAACGCGGAGAGAGGAUGAAAAGCGGCCGGUGGUGAUCGACGCGACGACGACUGGCGGGGGGUGUCUCGCGCGGUCCUCUCGUGCGAACCUCCCCUUGAUUCCGGCAGUGAUAUUCGAGGCCUCCCGAAGUCGAAGUUGCGAACGCUCGCUCCUCGGAGUCGGAGCCGCGCACGUGAGGGUGAACGGCCCUCGUGAGCUUUCAUAAACGGAGCCGAAGGACGACCGGUGAGGCGAUCUUCAAAAACUGCAUACGCUUUUGCGCGCGCAGUCGGCGGUUCUCGGAGGCCGCUUUCAGCGACCGGGCGACGCCGAAAUCGGCGGAAAUCGACUCGGAUCCUCCUCGUUUCCUCGGGAGGAACUGAUCAUUCUCCCGGGGGCAAACAGCGGGGGCAUCCCUUCCUGGGGAGUGGCGGAGGGAAAACAAAAGUAUCCCCGUCCGUGGGCGCUCGUGAGAGGAGAGGAACAGUAGCUGUGGCGAAGCGUGCGGGCUCUCCGCAAAUAUCGCUGUUCUCCACUCGCGCUCCGGCCGCGCGCUUCCCCGCGAUCCCGCCUGUGGAAGAGGAUGGAAAACAGCCCCGCGCGAUCUCGCGCGCUCUCCUGCGUAUUAAUUCACACGGACGCGCGGAGACGUGCGUGCACGACGCGCGCGCGUGUGUGCUCUCGCGUUGCGUACGUGCGCGCGCUUUAGACCAAGUGUGUGUACAAAGGCGCGCGCGUGCGGCGUGUACAAACAUUUCGGAGAGCUUUCGUAGCCCUGAGUUCAAGCUUCAAGACGCUUGAAUAUCCCGCUUGAAUAUCUCGCGACUCAAAGAGAGAGAGAGAGAGGGACAGCCGCGAAGAGUGAAUUCUUUCCGACGUAAAGGAAGAUACGGGGCUUUAUGAAACCGGAGUGACAGAGAAAGAGAGAAAGAGAAAAAAGCCCGAGAGAGAGACAUGCCUUUGGCCCUCGUAAAGAGAUUUCCCGGAGGAAUGCCGUCGCAGACGAUCGAAGUAACCCGCACCGCCGCUCCUCCUCCGACACUCUCCGCGUGAUCUCGCGCUUGUUCCCCGGGCGGUGAGGCAGUCGCUAGCGGAAGAUGCGCCUUCGGAAACUCCGCUGGACCGCAGCGUAGCAAAUUCGUGGGUCCGGGGUGCGCGGGUCAGUGAGGUGCGUGUGUUGCGUUCGUGUGAAGCUCCGAGGUUCCCGGUUGAUUCCCGGUGGCGCGCGCACCAGGUGGCGGACCGAGUACCGCCGAGGUAUGAGAACGUCGUGGGAUACUACCCGGUGACCGAGAAACCGCACGCGAGACGCCGAGAGCGCGGGGAGGGCGGACGGCGUUCAUCGUGGGUGUUUUUCGCGUGGGCGAGAAGAGCGACCCGAGGCUGAAGAUGGCUUUGAUAACGUCUAGGAUCAGCUCGCCCGUCGUUCGCGACAAGGAGAAUAUUCCGGCUUACGAUAUCAAGCUGGAACGCGUGCUGGGCGUAACUGUCUCCAGCAAUGCAGCCCUGGACUGUGACGCGACCAGCGAGCUGGUCGCUUAUCCGGCCGGCUGCACUGUCGUGCUCUUCAAUCCGCGGAAAAACAGCCAGGCACACGUGCUGAACGCCUGUCGCAAGACCGUGACUUCCCUGGCGCUCGCUGGGGACGGUAAGCUUCUGGCCACCGGCGAAUGCGGCCACAUGCCGAACGUUCGUGUCUGGGACAUCUCCGAUCCGCACAAUGCCGUGCAGAUCGCAGAAUUCUCCGGACACAAAUACGGUAUCAACUGUGUGGCGUUUUCGCCCAGCAACAAGUACGUCGUCUCGGUCGGCUCGCAGCACGACAUGAUCGUCAACGUCUGGGAUUGGAGGAGCAAUGUUAAGGUCGCGUCGAACAAAGUGUCAAGCAAAGUAAAGGCCGUUUGCUUCGCGGAAAACGGCAAUUAUUUCGUCACCGUGGGCAACAGGCACGUCAAGUUUUGGUACCUGGAGUAUUCACGCAGCGCGAAGUACAAGGAACCUGUGCCUUUGAUGGGCCGAUCUGCCAUAUUAGGCGAGCAGAGGAACAACGAUUUCGUUGACGUAGCCUGCGGCAGGGGGGAAAUGGCGGAUUCCACGUACGCGAUUACCAAAACGGGCCUGCUGUGCGAAUUUAACAACAGGAGGCUCCUGGACAAAUGGGUCGAGCUGCGAACGAGCAGCGCCAAUUGCAUGGCUGUCGGCGAUAAAUACAUCUUCAUCGGAUGCGCCGAAGGGAUCGUUAGGUGUUUCAGUCCUAGCACGCUCCAAUUUAUCACCACCUUACCGAGGACGCAUUACCUGGGGGUCGAUGUCGCGCAAGGCUUGUCCAUCAGUCACAUGUCCCAACACCCACCCGAAGCGAGGUAUCCGGACGCGAUCGCGUUGGCGUUCGACGAGCGCAACAACAAGCUUACCUGCGUCUACAACGACCACAGCAUCUACGUUUGGGACGUGAGGGACAUCAGGCGAGUCGGCAAGUCUCAUUCGUUCCUAUACCACUCGGCCUGCAUCUGGGGCGUCGAGAUGUAUCCGGCCGGUCCAGACUGCAUCGGCGCCAUGCCGGCUGGCAGCUUCAUCACUUGCUCCAGCGACGACACGAUAAGGGUCUGGAAUCUGGAGAAGGACGUCUCGCCGAACGACACCUUGUACAAACGAAACAUUUACAGCAACGAAUUGCUCAAGGUACUAUACGUCGAUCCGGAAUUGACUUACCUGAAGGACCUGGACCUGGCCGCGGCCGGAUCCACGGAGAAGAGCGACGCUUCGUACGACGGGCGCAACGGCGUGAGAUCGAUAAGGGUCGGUCCUGACGGCAAGCACCUCGCUUCCGGCGAUAGAUCCGGCAACAUCAGGAUUCACGACGUCUCGUCGCUCGAGGAGCUGUGCCUAAUAGAAGCGCACGACGCCGAGGUGUUGUGCCUGGAAUACUCGAGGUUCUCGCGGUACUCCGUGGACGCCCCGAGGCUGUUGGCGAGUGCGUCGCGGGACCGGCUGAUACACGUCUUCAGCGUGGAUCAAGGAUACAAUUUCCUGCAGACGCUCGACGAUCACAGUUCUUCCAUCACUGCCGUCAGAUUUUUCAAUCAAACGAAUCAGGGUAAUCAAAUACAGAUGGUGUCCUGCGGCGCCGAUAAGAGCAUUAUUUUCAGACAGCUGCAAUCGACACCGGGAGGGAUGCCGCAAUUCGCGAGGGGUCACAACGCCCAGGGGAAGACCACUCUGUACGACAUGGAGGUCGAUUCCGGGCAAAAGCACGUGCUAACUGCCUGCCAGGAUAGGAACAUUAGGGUUUACAAUGUAACUACGGGUAAACACAGCAAGACUUUCAAGGGUUCCGUCGGCGAGGACGGCUCGUUGAUCAAAGUCGUCCUAGACGCGUCCGGCAUUUACGUAGCUACCUCAUGUACAGACAAAACGCUGUGUGUGUACGACUAUUACAGCGGGGAGUGCAUGGCCACUAUGGUCGGUCAUUCGGAACUGGUGACGGGUCUGCGUUUCAGUCCGGAUUGUCGUCACCUCGUGUCCGCGAGCGGCGACGGCUGCGUGUUCGUGUGGCGCGUCCCGCACGACAUGGUCGUCACUAUGCAGGCCCGUCUCGCGCAGCAAGCGAUGCGCGCCGGCAAGAAACCGCCUCAGGUGAACGGCGGCGGGAUCGAGGUGCAGCUGGACAACGACACUUUCGGGCCGGCCCCGCCGGAAUUUCUGGAUCCCAACGCGAACCCGACGGCGCAGAGCGGCGUCGGCGUGGAUUACCGGUUCAGCGUGGGCCAGCUGCCGCUGUGGGCGAAGAAGCAGAUCAACACCGCCGCGAGCAGCGCAGACGACGGCGGUGCGGCACUCGGCUCGAACGUCAGGUCGCUCGGUGUCGACCUGCCGAAAGGGAGGUGGGCCCAACGGGUCCAGCAAGGGGACGGUAUCACCGUCAAAUCUGUGUACGACAGCGACGAGGUCAUACCGUUUCCCCCGUCGCGCGGCGCCAUCGACUCGGACGGCGGCGGCGGCGGCGGCGGUUCGAAGGACAGCUCCAUCGACAGCGGCACCGAGACGAAGUGCAGCAGCGACUAUCGGCGGGAAGCGAUGAUCAUCAAGCGGGAAGAGGAGGAAAGCGUGUUUCAACCUUGCUUGGAAAGUUAUAGAGAGAUAGAAAGCGAUUCGAAACAGGUGAUUGAUGGUAAGGUGACUGUAAGAAGUAACAAUGUCACGGAAUUGACACGUCAGUCGAGGAGUCGUCAUCACACCGACGAUAGCAGCCUUGGCAGCUUUAAGUUCGAGGACCACGAGAGCACGGAGCACGACGGGGACGUCGAGGACUACUCCGAGGGAGAGAACGGCACGACCGGCUCGGAGAAGUCGCACCACAGGUUAAUGUAUUACCCGCCCCCGGAGGACAUCGUGUCGAAUCAAUUCACCGUCAACGCGAUGGACGUCGAGGAGCUGCGAAGGUCGCAAAGGCGGCAAAAGAGAUUAAAGAACGCGGAGAACGGCCGGACGAGCGAAUUGACCGCGUCCGGCAGUCAGGACGAGUCCGACUCGGAGGGCGGAGCGUCGACUCCGAGCGCCGAGAGGAAUCCGUUGUCGAUGCUGUCCGAGGCGAGCUCGGAGGGCUUCGAUCAGCUCGCCAAACAAAGUCACAGGGAGAAGUACUUGAAGAACGCCUUCGAGUCGCUCAGCGGGGCCGAGGAGCCGCCGAAUCGCGUGAAAGCCACGAGCAUCAGUUCGCAAUUCCACGGAAGGCUCAGCGGCGGUGCCGAGGGCAACACCGGCUCCAAGAUCCGCAACGCGGCGGUGGUUAACGCCACGAAGCACGCGAGGGGCGACGCCGAUAUCGUGAAGAAGCGGGAGGAACUGCAGAGGAGAAUAGAGGAGACCAGGAGGAAAUUGCAAAGUGUCGGCUACAGAUCGUCGCUGAAGUCCAGCCAGAGCAUAUCCGACCUGAGCAGCCACAUACCGGAGAAGCAUCACCGCGCGAACAGGCUCAGUACAGGUAACCGAACCAGUCAGCAAAAUCAAUUCUCACAGUCGACUAACAACCCCCGCAAACCCACGUUAAACCCGAAGCCCGCGCUUAAACCCCAGCAACUCAUUAACAAGGCUCAAGGUGUUGGGAAUGCCUUAUCCAAGCUAGAAUUGCCGAGCGAUAGCGAUAGCCGGUCGAAAAGUCCGGGCGCGAACAAGCCGACUCUCAGCCGUCCGUUGACGUUGACACUAAAGAAAACUGAAAAGUAUAAGCUGUCGUUGAACAAGGCGAAUCAGUCCUUGCCCGAGUCGCCCGUGUGCGAGGAGCUGAAGCUGCUGCGGGAGCAGUGUAAGAAGGACGUGGGUCGCUUCGCGAGGUUCGCGCAGAAGCGCCGAUCGUGCAGCUACUUCAUCGGCCUGGACGACAACGAGGAGGACAUGGAGAACCUCGCCAAGUCGUUCGAGAGCCUGCCGGCCAUGAACGAGCGCAACCUGGAGAACCUGAAGGAGAGCAUGGCGGACGAGGUGGACGAUGGGAACGGCAACUUCAGCGACGACUCGUUGGAGGGCGACUUCAAGAACCCGCCCCGGCGCUGCGUCAGCGACUACCAGAUCAACAUCCGCGUUGACGACUGCAGGAACUACUCGAGCUACCAGAACUUCCAGCGGCGCGUCCUGUCAGGCUCGCAGGAGAGCGUGCUCUCGGACGCCUCGGUCGAGUCCUUCUCCAAGGGCAGCGCCGAAAUCCUCGAUUACAACCAUUGCGACCCGGACCGCCACUCGAGCGCCAGCUUCUUCCUCUCCCGGCGGCGGAUGCAGGCCGGCAGGAGCCAGGACAGCAUACUGACCGACGAGUCCGACUACCAGAUGUUCCCGCUGCGCGAGAACGCCGACCACCGCAGCACGGAGAGCGUGCUGACCGACGACUCGGACUCCAUGGUGAGGUCCGCGCCGCUGGAGAUGCUCUUCGACUCGCACUACAAGCGGAAGCGGCAGAACUCGGAGAGCUACAAUCCGAACGAGAUCGACGACGACGCGCUGCGCCCCGACGACGGGGCCGCGCUCUGCCGGGCGGUCUUCCGGUCCAAGUCCCUGCAGGACACGCGGAUCAUCAACACCGCCAAGAGCGACUUCGCGGAGGACGCGCCGGCGAAGACGCGCGUCUACUACGAGUUCCACUCCGACCACGACAAGGACGACGCGAUCAGCGGCAAAGCGGAGACGAUCUCGCGCAGCAACAGUCUGAAGGUGCCGCCGAGGCCGCCGGAGUCGAUGAUGAUGACGAUCCUGAACGACUUCGUCGCUCACAAGCCGCCGAAGCCCAAGAGGAACUCGUCGCGCACCCAGAGCAUGCGCAACCGGGCCCGCCCGACCUGGAAGUACGUCGACACGCCGCCGCUCUCGCCCGCCGGCAAGAGCGCCGACGCCGACGGCUGCGUCCCGGCGACGAGUCCGGCGAAGCGGGACCACCAUCCGAGCGAGACGAUCGAGCAGCUCCUGCAGGCCGCCAGCUACGGCGCUCGGCGAGCCGACGACGACAAGGACAGCAGGAACAAGUUCUUCAGCCUGCCGAGUCACCGGAACGACGGCAACCUCGGCGUAGCGCCGACCGCCGAGGUCGCGAUUUACGACGAGCCUUCGCUUCUGGGGAAGAGCCGUUACCUGACGAGCGACGCCUCCUCCGUCGUCGACGGGCCGGAGCAGGAGAGGAUCCGUCGGCUGGACAACGAGAUCCCCACCAAGGACACCGGCGAGGACUACGACUCUCUGGAGGCCGGCGCCCUCUGCAACCUACCGACGAUAACGACGACGACGGCGGAGUUGCAAGGCGCGAGUUUCCGCCGCGCCGACGAGCGCAUCGACAACCUGGACGCGAGUGUGGACGUGAGGAUCACGCGCGCCAUCGAGGGCACGGUGAAGCUCCUGUCGAAGGAGUUCGAGAACCUGGUCAGGCAGAAGCAGUACUUCAUGAAGGAGCGGUGCCUGCGGCUGACGCAUUGUCAGGAGGCGAGCGAGAACUUCGCGAAGCUGGAGGCCGAGCGGGACGGCCGGUUUUACGCGGUGAAGCGCGACCAGAUGCGCCUGCACUCGGGCGGCGAGGACAGCGACUGCGCCGACGUGUCGGCGAUGGACAGGUCGCUGAUGGAGAGCGGCUCCUCCACCUCCGCCUCGAGCUGCACCAACUCGCCCAAGAGAAUGUGGCCGCCCGCGUCGCGCUGUCAGAGCCACAUGAGGUGGACGAAAACGUUGCCGACGAUCAAUCAGGCGAUCCUGCCUACGAAACAUCCUUACGCAGUUCCAGGGAAGUUAGGAAGCAAAAACACCAACGUCGCAUCAAGGGCGGGAUCCGGGAGCACCAAUUCCGCCGGUCAGUCCAGGCACACCCUGGGGAAGAAUCACUCGACCCACAUGACGAGAAGCAGCAGCGUCGGCGUCCUGAAUCAGAGUGACUCGGAGUCGGAUGCCGGCGGUGUAACGGCAGGAAGCAGAGGGUGGAACGGUCAGUCGGGCAACAGCAGGAUAAGCGGCCUGAUGAGGCCGACGAUCAGCUCGCAGAACAAGAUCAAUCAUCAGAACAAGUCGAACUCGUCCGGCGGCAAUCUCCCGUCGGUUUUGAGAAGACGAGGCAUGCAGGGAGCCUUCUCGACCGUCAAUCUAAGUCAAGUGGGAAACCAGGAAGACUCGAGUUCGGAAGACACCUCCUCGAACGGAAAGCCGGCGCUACCGCCGAGGCCUAGGAGUAUCAGCAUCGAUCAUUCCUCCGCUAGCUUAAGUUUACCCGGCACGACAGUGAGGAGGUCCGGAUCGUCGACGAUAAUAACAAAUGGCCGGGGCGGCGGCGGUGGCGGCGGCGCCAGCGCAAUCGGGCAGAGCGGAAGCGGCAGGAUGUCCACGGCGAGCAGAAAUCAGCUGGAGCCGAGUCCGCACGAGCUACCGGUCAAGGACACGGAUCGUGCUAUCGAUGUAGCUAGUGCCGAGUUAGGCACGGAUAAAGCAUUAGUGUCCACCCAGCUGUGCAACACGAUCGCGGACGAGCUGACGCGGACCGCGGACAACGUGGUGCAGCUGUACAAGCGGCUGACGAUCGACAACGAGGACGACCCGGCCGGCGGCGCGAUCGACCGGGACACGAUGCUGCGCGGCCUCGAGUCGUCCGUGAACGAGACGAUGCGUACGCUGCGGCUGGUGGUGACCGGCGGCGAGAAUCACACCAACGACGUGAGCGGCGAGAGCGUGAUGGCGAACGAGGCGACGGCGAAGUUCAAGGAGCUGCUCGCCGGCCAGGAUCAGGGAAAGAUAGUCAGUAUGAUGCAGCAGUACUCCGAUCUGCUCUUGACGAUGAUGCAACAGAGGAUGGGGGGCACUCAGCCGGGUCACAUGUAAAAUCCGUCCAUCUGUGAGAAUCGAUCAAAGGGUAGGCUCGUCGUGGAGCCUUGGAAGGCUCCGAUGGUAGCGAGAUCGACUGUGUGUGUAUGUGCGUGCGUGUGUGUCUCAUGUUUGAAUAUGUGCGUGUGUAUCUCUCUCCUUUCAAACGCCGUAUUUUUGACAGUCCCCUGACAGUCCUCUGGCGACCGAAGGACAGCCGAGUGCGUCUCGCGCGGCCGGGGAAGGGAGGGAAGCCCGUUCGGACCUUCUCGCACAGAAAUUCGUCCAACCGUAAUACGUAAACCGAGAUGUAAACUUGAGGACCGUCUACGAUCGCCGUGAAGUAUGCAAUAAGACACAUGCCGUGAGCUGAUUGACCAACUGAUACAGUUGAUCAUCCUUGGACUGUGAAAACUCAUUUGGUCGGUUAACUUACUGCUUAUGUCUUACCUCACGGCUAUCGCAGACAGUUCUUUGAGCUGAGAAAACAAUCAGGAUAUUGCUUUAGAUUUGUAUAAUCCAGAGGAAGAUGGAGAUGUGUAACUAAGACUCACACCGAAUAACUAGGAUUUCAACUAGGCAAUUAGUUGCUUCUACUUACGAUCGGAUUUACCCUCGGUCUCUCGAUCACGUAGUUUUCCCCUUACGAAAACGGGAAAAGUGAUACGUUUUCAAAUGAGGAAAUUUACGCUUUUCACGAGUUCACGUUAAAAGAGACCCUCUGGGGAUAGAUCAUGAAUCUCUGAAAGGCAGAGAGAGGGAAAGAGAGAGAAAGAAUUCUAUCUUCUUCUAAAGUACAUACAUCUUUGAAGCAACAUUCUGAUCGGAUCUCCAGCUUAAAUUUGCAUCUUAUGUUUACGGACAAUUCGUGUGUGUUGCGGAAACUCGCGUGUGGCGUUCCCCUUCCCCGUCGCCAGGUAGAUUACAUCCCCCGUCUCCGAGGGGCGGACGUGAUUCGCGACUGAUUCCGUACUCAGACUCGUCCGGUUGCUGCGACUCACCUUAUGACGCGAUCCGGCAGCACAAAAUAUCCGUCGAGGUUCCCUCUGCGCUGUGGUAGGUGUGUGAGAGAGAAAGAGUUACUCCUCGACUGGCGCUACCGGUAGCGCUCGGGAUCUUCGCACGAAGUCCGCCGUUCGUUCCGACGAGCUGUCGAGUGGAAAUCGCGCGAACAAGAGUACCAUGGAUACGUUCAGCCACCGGUCGUGACGAACUACUCAUCGUAUCUUGAGGCCAUACGCCGUGAAAUGCCAAUUAACUAAAGACUAGUAAAAUAGCGUUUUCAAGCAGAUAUAUAUAUAUAUAUAUAUCGACACAUUGAACGGUAUUGUAAUAAUAUUAGUGUUCUCAUUAUGUAACCAAAGGUUGUCCUUGUAUUACCAACGGUCUAAAAACGGAGUAUUAUUCUUUCGUCCGCAAUUGAAGCUUUCUCGGAAGGUCGUAAUAAAACAUACGCAGCGUAAACUUGCCAGUACGAAGGUAAAGAGAAGCAUAUCUAGAGUUAAUAGUCGCGCGUUGCAAUAAGUACGAACAAACUGCAGCAGCAACAGCAACGGGCUUCUCAAUGGGGCCGGCGAUGAGGUUGCCAAUAAAGCGAUUUUAUAUUUAUCGGAGAAUCGGUGAAACGCGUUUUUAACGGGGCUUGAUAAUUUUUCGUGGCGAUAAAGUCCGCGGGUAUUUGUGUUGUUUUGCAUUUAGGACUGUUGGACGUGCAAAAGCCCGCGACUGUAAUCUCUGACGGUGGUUUUAACAUGCGUUUCCCAAACAGUCUCCCUCUUCUUUUAACGAUUGACCACACGGAGCGAAAGUUGCUGCGGACUCGCUCGCGCGAACUGCUGCGCGUCUUCUUCGCGGCGAUCGAGCUUGCGUUAUCGCCUCCUCGCGCGUGCAACGCGGAAGGGAAGAAUCCCUGCUGUUUCGCUUCGAGAGACGAUUCUGCUCAAUUAACGAACCGAGUCCCGGUGCAACUUUUUUUUUUUUUUUUUUUUUUUUUUUGCGGAAAGGAAUUGCGCAUCGGGAAAAAUCGAAGUAUUAGAGGAUCACGCUGAACGAUACUGAGUGUGCGGGGCGUACUUUCCGUUUUACAAUUCGCACGCGUCUCGCGUCGGGAGAGACUCGAUUUCUAAACUAACGUAGUCGCCGUGUUCUUAGUGUUCUCUCUGCAAAAGGAGCUCUUGUAUUUAAUAUGUAUAAUGAGUGCCAUUUAGGUUAAAGUAAAGAUGCCGUGUAAUAGUACUUAUCGUGCUUGCGCUCUAAUUUAUCGCUUGCGGGAGUUUAAUCUUUGUUUCCUUUUUUUUUCUUUUUCUUUUCUCCGUUGGAGGCAGACCCGUAGAUAUUUAUAGGAGCGGAGGAUCUCGGAGCGAUUUCUUAAUCAAUAAGAUGUACACACUCGAGAGUACACUUGAGUUUUCGUAUUUUUCUUCUAUCCCCCCUCCCCCCCCUUCUUCUCGCUCGCUCCGUGUCACAGAGAGCGACGGGAGAAGAUGCGAGUUCUCGAUAGGGCGGUUUAAUGUAAUUCCUAACUGACACACGUUGCACGGCGAAUAAUAUGCUAGAGACUAGAGAGUAUUUUAUAUUUAGCGUCGACAUUUUUUAACGUAAAUCGUUAGCAUAGAGAGACAAUAUGGCGAGAGUGGGUGAUGACGUAAAGGAGAGAUACACGAUACGGAAUCUCAUACUAACAACUACGAUUAACUUUUAACCGGGCGCGACGGAAGAAAGAAAGAAAGAUCAUUCCAAAUUAUCGUCUCUUUUUAUCGUCAAUUAAUCGUCAAACGCGGUAGGAAGGUUGUCGUCGCCCCGCGAGAGAGCCGCGACGACGUUGUACAUUAUUGUAUUUGUUGUGUGCAGUAAGCUAUAUUAUAAUUAUUGUUAUCGAUUAUGUAAUAUGUUACUCGUUUUGUAAUGUGUAAAUAUUUAUUUAUAGUUAACGGAUAUAUAUACAUAUAUGUAGUAGAUAAUUUGAUGGAAGCAAAAGAGAUACAAGCGCGCGUGGAACGCCAAAAAAACGCUAUAAUCGUAUCGCGAAAGAUGUAACUUAGUCAUUUCGUUUCUCCUUCUUUUUUUUGUAUAUUAUGUUGAUAAUUCUCUCACGCCAAGUAAACAAUCUCGAUUAUCGUUGGAUCGUCUCUCUCUCUCUAUCUCUCUCACUCUUCACUCAUUGCGACGAGAUCGAUUCUGCGUUACCUGUUCGUAGUUCGUAAUCGCCUGCGUAAUUACCUUUUUUCCAACGUGAUUACCGCAACAUCAUCGCUUCCCGCGGGGAACGACGGGUCCGGGGGGAAGGAGAAGGGCGCGAGUAACGAAGUAACUCGGUAAGGAAAAGAACGCGCGAACGAUAGAAAUUUUUAUUCAAGUGCCAAUUCUAAUAAAAAUAUCAUCGUUUCUACACACGAUAGGAACAUAUAUUCCACUCAUACCGUAUAAUUACACAUAUGUAUACAAAUUCUCACCGACUAUAUUGUCAAGUAUAAGUGUGAAGCGCGAUGUGCGUAGGACGUGUAUGAUGCAUGUACGGACGAAUAUCUUGUCUUCUUCCUCCUCCUCCUUUCUGCGCAUUCGAACCUCCGGUUUCGCGCGCACACGCAUUAAUAUAUAAUAAUAUUGCUCCCCCCCCCCCUCUCCGAACACGUAACGUCGGGUAUAUCGAAUAAACAUGAUCAGAAAUUUGGAUAAGAAACAAACGAAGCGAGUUAUGCCGUUCACGAAUAAAGCUAAUGUAAUAAAUA